AAAAAAAAAUCACUUUUCUGCUCGGUGACGAGUUCAGAGGCGGCCUGUGUGGGAUCAUGGUGUAGCUGGGGCUUAACAGCCUAUUAAUUCUCGGGGUCACCUCCAGAAGUCUCUCCCCAUCCACCAGGAGAGCGGCCGGAGGACGCGCGCCGGGGAGCCGCGGCCGCCGUGCGUGGCGGCGGAGGCGGGGAGGUGAGCAGCGCACUCCGCGGCGGAUGACAGGGGCAUGGAGAUGUUGCGCCGCUCCUCUGUGUUCGCGGCUGAGGUCUUUGACCGCUCGCCCACCGACAAGGAGUUGGUGUCCCAGGCCAAAGCCCUGUGCAGGGACUACAUCCAUUCCCGGCUGAACCGCGCGGGCAUCGGCUGGUCUAAUCCCGAACACGGACUGGCCGCAUCAGGUGGGGCACUGGGGGAGAUAUCGUCGGUUCUGCUGUGGCUGGGUGAUGAGCUGGAAUACCUUCGACCCAACGUUUACCGUAAUGUAGCUCGGCAGCUUAACAUCACAGUAGCAUCGGAGAGUGUGGUGUCCGAUGCCUUCCUGGCUGUGGCUGCGGACAUUUUCUCCACAGGUGUAACAUGGGGGAAGGUGGUUUCUUUGUACGCCGUGGCAGGGGCCUUGGCAGUGGACUGUGUACGCCAUGGCCAUCCAGCCAUGGUCCAUACCAUCGUCGACUGCAUGGGAGAGUUUGUCCGCAAGAGUCUGACCUCCUGGUUGAAAAGGAGAGGGGGCUGGGUGGAUGUAACAAAAUGCGUGGUGAACACUGAUGCCAGCUUCCGCUCUCACUGGCUGGUGACUGCUGCCUGUGCCUUUGGACACUAUCUGAAGGCCAUCGUGUUGUACCUCCUCAGGGAGAAGUGAAAGACAAAGUCACACGCUGGACUUGGAACAGACUGAGCACCACUCCACUAAAGCAUCCGCUGCCUUCGAUUGUUUACACUCGUGCACUGAGCCUUCACUGAAAAACACCUAUCCCUUCACAGACCGUGGACUUUCCUUGCUUCCUCUGCUUCCUCGCGUCUAUUUAUUAUUAAAGGUUAUACAGUAUAUUGGCACACAUUUGAUGUGAAUGUAUAAAAUCACCCACUGUUAAUCUUUUUAGCUUUUCAUUUUUCCACAAACAGCAGAACUGACUAUUUGGUGCCUGUUUCGCAAGGGUUUGGCUGCCCCUUGUGGUUGAAGAUGGUAACUACUGUACUUUGGCACAUAAACUGAGAAUACCCUGGAGCCAUACAUGAGGACUUGGUCUUACAAAAUGCUCCACUUCUCACCUGGAUAGCAUAUACAGGCCAACAGACUAGUGCAUGGUAGAUAAUAAAUAAAUACAUCAUAUUUUCCUCUUACUAAGGGACUUAAUGAAAAUUGUUAGGGGUCAGGGUUCAGAAAAGGCGAAGGGUUUGUGUAUUUCUUUCUGUUUGCUGAAGGUAGCGUAGUCUUUUUCUCACUAUAGAUUUAUAUAUUGUUUCAGCUUUACCAACAACAAUCCUGUCUUUGUUUCAGGGUUUUAU